CAGAUAAAACACACAAGGCAGCUGUGACCCCCUCAAACAUAAUAAUUCAGAUCAUCACGUAAUAGAUAUGAUAAUUAUGAUGCUACUUGGACCCCUUGGUCUGGUGUCUGGAGGCCAUAUCUGAUGACAUUUAGACAGGUAAGGGAUGCCCCCUCUAAUUCAGAUUAUGAUGUGAGGAGUUUGGCAGCAGAACUCAAUUAUUGCGAUAUAGCCAACCUUGAGCGAGGAACCGCCUGAGUGAGAGCGGCUACAACUACGUGUAUCCUACUGCUGCUUGGAAAUAUCCUCGCGAUCGAUCCGUCGUUAAACGCUUUGGGACUUUUGCAUCCAUUUAGUGGAAGCAGACGACAGUGCUGGAAGACGAAAAUUUCAGUGGAGAGGUGUCAAAGCUGGGUAACAACGUACAAUAUCCCGAUUUGUCGACGUAACAGACAUGGAUUAAUAAUUUGCGGAUUACACGAGAUGAACACGGGUUGGAAUUAGGCUGUACUUGUGUGCUGGAGUUGUCGUCUGCUGAGGGAACUAUCGUCUGCCGUGUUUGGUGUUUGGCGGGAGACACAUGGCUGAACGAGAUUUCAGUCUCUUCAAACAGGAAAUGAUAAAGGGACAUAACUCGUUCCGGGUGUGCCACGGAAGUCCAGAAUUAUCUCCCUCGGAUGAAUUGUGUAAAGAAUCGCAGGAGUGGGCCAACAGUUUGUCAGAGAGAGGGUAUCUUCAGUACAGUGAAACAUCAGGCGUGGGAGAGAACAUCAUCUUUCUGGACCUGAACGGCAAGGAUCCCGUCGGAGAAGAGGUCUCCAAACAGUGGUACAAGGAGUGUGCUAAAUAUGACUACUCGAGUCCAAGAUGGCGGAAAGGUGCAAUGAAUUUCACCCAAAUGAUUUGGAGGUCCACUUCAGAAGUUGGCGUAGGAAUAUCCAAGGUGAAAGGUCAAGAUCGAUAUGUCGUGGUGACCCAGUACCGACCAGCGGGGAAUAACAAUAUGCCAGGAGAAUUUCGCAAAAAUGUACUUCCGCCACAAUGACACCGAUUAGGCUGGAGAAAUAGCGGCAAUUAAUGGGGACGACAGGCUGGUCUUUCAAGUGACAGAAUCGCUGAUGUGGACGUUUAACUGUGGCGUCCGUCUCUGACACGAUGAAGACUUUUGUGGAAUUCGAGUCAACCAUUCUCAUCACGCUGUUAAGAUCCAAACGCGCUCCACUUCUGCCUUGUAGCUAGCCGACUGAUUUACAAAGUGUUGUGAACAAAAUGGCGGCACAAAAGCCUGCCUUACCGGUCGUGGUUGGUCACACCGGAUAUGGGCAUCAUGGGAGUGUGUUACCAUAGCAACGGAUAGCUAAUACCGUAAAACGGGAAAUUGGGACGGCAAUUUUCUGCGAACCGAUUUGUUAUACAUUAAUGAAUGGCUGUUCCUCUCAAUCAGAGAGAAGGAUAUUGAGUGGGUCAGUGAAAGUAUUUUGAUGGCACUAUCCUUGUCAAGGACGCCCAAGUGCCAUUGGAAUGCAAACUAGAAUUACUAAUUUCUUUGUUAUUGUGAAUAAUCAUAUUUUAAUUUAUUUCUUAAUUUCGCAUCGUACACAGCUUAGUCAUAUGUAUUUGUGCAAUUGGUCAUUUUGAUUUUGACUUGGCUAGGGUUGAUAAACAUUGACAAAAAGGCAAACUGUGAAUAUUUUACUCCAGAUCUUUUUAUUCAAGUUAGACGGUAAUCUGGAACUACUCUGGACUUUACUGAAGGACUGGUUUAAGGACAUAAACUCGAUGUCCCUAUACCUGUUUUCGAUUUUCGAUUUGCAGGUGACCUUGACCUUGACCUUGAAUUAGGACAGAUCGAAUGGUUACCAGUAUGACGUCAAGGGGUGAGAUUUGACAAAGUAUUCACUGACAAGGUCACCGCGAUACUGAAUUCCUGUUUUGAGUCGUGUGUUCGCAUGUUAAGAUUUGAAACUCAGGUCGACAAAUAGGUUUCUUGAGUACAACCUGGUUCGGAUUUAUAAAUAAGGACAUAAUGAUUUCAGAACAGGAACACAAGUGUAUAGGGACAUACAGUCCGACCAUUUGGCAACAGACACAUGCAUUCAUGGGUAUAACCCAGGCAAUUUUAAAGUGAAAUAUACUUGAAUGAAAGGAAGUUAGUAAUGCAAUAUAAUCCCGGUUCGGCCCGAUUAUGUUUCUAGGUUUGUCAGCACCAUACCCGUGGGUUUCACCGAAGUGGUAAACGUCUGAGACCUGCAUCACUUCGAGCUUUCCUCCCACAUUAAGCUGACACGCCGUGAUAUAACUGGAAUACUGUUAAAAUCGGCGUUAAACCCAUCUCACUCACUUACUCACUCACUAGAAAUGGAAUAACUCUUUUAACUGAUAUAGCGUGACAUCGCGCGCAGAGAGAGAGAAUUGCUUGAUCUGCAUCAAGUUUGUUCACCAGCACAAAAUAUCUGCACUAAUUCAACUGGAACGAGUUAAAAGCCGUCCAUUUCGGUUUUGCGAAUUAUUUUUAUCAAAUUUAAGCAAAUGUGAAAUUGACCUUCAUCUUGUUCAUAACACAUUAUCAUGAGUAUUUUCUUGCUGAUGAAUAUAAGAGUGAGAAAUGUCGAUUCAUGGCCAUUUCAGUCAUUUAACGUGUGCAUGCACUUCAAAUAUUGUGGGGGGCACGGGUGGCACAGUCGUCUAAGGCGCCGCGAUUCGCUGUGCAGAGUUGCGUCCCCUUGGCACGCCAGAAACCUCUGUUUGUGGGUUCGAAUCCCGGUUCGCCCCGAUUAUGUUUC